CCGACCUGCCGCGCGUCACCAUGCAGCCUCGACCAUGGACCUAUCACCCCGAGGUGGGCUCCAUUGUCUCCUAAAGAAAGCGCCCGACGCAGCCUGCAUCCAAAUUAGCGAAGAGAGUUUCGGCGACUUGCGACUUAGCGGCAGUGCGUACGAAACCGAUCGCGGACGGGGGUUGACGUUUAAUCGAAUUUCGAACGUGUUUUUUUUUUAAUUUGAAACUUUUUGUUUUUUAUUGCAAUUUUGUUGGCAAAGGUUCAACAGUAGUGGGACUGUUUAAAUGACAUUUUGUGUAGUGUAGUGCAAUAAAAGCUUAGGCGAUGGAGAGCCUACCACGUGUGAUACUGAGCAUAGCUUUAGCCAGUCUGCUGCCCAUACCUGCAAUCAGCAAGGAGGUGGCCAAGGAAGAUAUCCCUCACUCGAGACAGAAGAGGAUCCUGUGGAUCACCAAUGAUGGGCGACUGGCCCUCCCCCCGGGGACGUCCAUGGCCAUCACACCCUCGUUAUCCAUGCCCUUCGUCCGGCAUCCACCCAACGGGUUCUUGUCGAAUGUGACCGUCAGUUUUCCGUUUUCAAUCGACUUCGACAAGCUCGGUUUGACUGACAACGAGAACCCAUACGGAGAUCUGCCGCCGAUCUUCGCGCGGUCCAUGGGCCGAGCGGCCGCGUCAGUCAUGGCAGACUACGUGGGACAGUACCUGGACACGCGGAGAGGAAAGAGAGCCGCCCCGGAGAGAGAGACGGAGAAGGCGGCGGUGGACAAGUUCCAUGGAGGAGAGAGAGCCAUAAUGUAUGGCAUUGCUGAGGACCUCCUGGCCAACUUCGGUCUCUCUGGCAAGGAGUGUCUCCUUAGAGCAAUAUGCGAGACCCACGCGCAUCCACUUACUAACUUCGGCUUCGUGGGAGAAGUUAUGAAGUUGUUCUUUAGCCCUAGCAAAUCUCCGUACGCGGAACUUCUAGAAGAAUACGUAGAAGCCCAGAAGACGGGGGAGUCCACGGGCGAGUGCUGGCCCUACUACAGGCUGUGCCCGAAAAGUUUCUUUCAACCAUCAAAUAAAUAUUCAAAGAAUGCCGAAGGUCUGCACAGGCGACAGGAGCAUGACGACAUCGACAACAAUAUAAUAGAUGUCAAAGCCAUGUAAAUAAAAAAAGUAAAAGUAAAACGUUGGGGCACCACAGUUU